UUUUUUUUUUUUUUUCCUCUUUUUCGGAGCUGGGGACCGAACCCAGGGCCUUGCGGUUGCUAGGCAAGCGCUCUUCCGCUGAGCCAAAUCCCCAACCCCGAGAAAGUGACUUUUUACGACUGGGUCUAGCUGGUCUGUUGCCAUUAAAUAGGUCCAUCCAAGUUUUCUUCAAAUCGCAUCCUUCCGCUUCUUGAAUGCUGGGAUUACAAUCCUGAGUUAGCGUGCCUGGCCACAAAAGUGUUUUUAUACAUUGUAUCUUUCCACUUAGAUCUGGUUGUUACCCUGUACAUCUAUGUAACAGCUUUCUCCAAGUUUACCUAGUGACCUUUCAUUUCCUCCACAAUCCGAACUACAGAUUUUAGUCCACAUCUUGCCUGAUCCCGUUACAUUUGAUACUUUUUUUAAAUAUUUAUUUAUUUUUUUAUAUAUAAGUAGAUUGUAGCUGACUUCAGACACACCAGAAGAGAGCAUCAGAUCUCAUUACAGAUGAUUGUGAGCCACCAUGUGGUUGCUGGGAUUUGAACUCAGGACCUCUGGAAGAGCAGUCAGUGCUCUUAACCACUGAGCCAUCUCUCCAGCCCACAUUUGAUACUUUUAACAAAUUUCCUUGAUACUUUUCUGCUGCCCACCUUCCGAUCUGUGCCUCCUCACUGUCCUAUUUUCAGUCUCUUUCCCUCAUCUCACCCCUCGAAUGCACGCAUCCUCUUUAGGCCACUGUUCUCUCUUAUGGCUCAAAGAACUAUACGCACACAAGUACACCUUAAACUUUGUUGGUUUCAAACCACAUUAAUUCAUAUUUACUUGCCUAAAAGACAUCCCGCAGAUCGCCCUUAAAACUAAAGCAACCCAGUUAUUCAAGUCAGAACAUUCAUCUCCUUAUCCAACGCAUGUCUCCUACCUACACAUCACCGCCAUGUCUUCCUUAGCUUCAUUAUUGUUCUUUCUACUUUUGUAAACCAUCUCUUAUAUGCUAAGCAGUGAUGUCUCUCCAUACCCAGCCCCACUCCCCAGGGACUGAACGCCAGGCCUAACCGUCCUAAGAACACAUUCUAUCACAAUGCUAAAAUCCUAGCGGUCUUCUUCGCUUAAAUUAAGCCCAAAUUGAUCUCCAUCUCCAAGGCUCAAGUAAUCCUGCCUCAGGCUCCAGGCCAGCACUAACAUGCCCAGAGCUGACAAGCUGUGAUCUUUCUACAAUACAAAUAUAAUUGUUCACACCUCUGUUUAGACCCUUCAAAGCCUCUUCAACUGCCCUUAGGAUAAAAUAAAUUUGCAAGGUCUUGCGUCAUGGAGUCCCUCCCUAUCUCACAGAUCUUCGUAUUACCUUUUCCUUUAGCCACAUCAGGCUGUUGGCAGCUCCAGAACAUACUUGAGCCUAUCCCACCUCAACCCCCAAUUCAAUUCUCAACAGUCCUUCACGAGUCAGCUGAGGCGACUUUCGACAGGAAAUGGGAGCUCAAAAGGAAAAUACUGAAGGGAUGAAUUCCGAGAGAGUCUGUGAAGCGUUGCUGUAAAGUCCGGGUUUCAGAACGUCUGGGUGACAGGAAGUUCAAAGCAAAGGUUAAAUCCAGAUCUUGAACUUUCACCUAAGUUCACCGGGCAGUCCGACUCCGGUACUAUUCCGCCCUUAUGUAUCAUGGCUGCCAGUCCCACUCUCCCAAGGGCCUUGAAGUCCGAUACCAGCCAGCUCUGGCGCCACCAAGGCUUUCACAUUCAAAUACGUUAUCUCUCCACUUCUUAGAACCUCCGGGAAGCUGCCGUUAGAAAAACCCUGCGUUGCCAGCUUGCCCCAAAGCAAGAUGGCUGCCAGUCUCCAGUCUCUCUUCCCGACGUGAAGCUAUCUACUCCCAGCUUAAUGCCGUUGCCAGGCUGCCCUCACCUAGUAUGGCUACUCUGCUCAUGCCUCGUUAUGGUCUCGAAGCCGACACUAACCGACCAGGUUCCGGGAGGCGCUGUGCAGGAUGCAGCCACCCCCGCCCGGCCCUCCCCUCCCCCACGCCCGCGGCGGCGGCGGCGGUGGCGGAGGCGGUGGCGGCUGGAGCCCGGAUGCGGCGCGGUGAGACAGGCCCGGGAGAGCAGCGCGGAUGGAUCCAACAUGGCGGCGCCGAACCUGAGCCGAGAGAAGAGCCCUGGGAGAUUAAGUUUCUUGCAAAGAUGUUAUUCCUGUCAGAAACUAGACUGCCAUUUCCAUUUCAAGAUAAUUCUUCUACCCAUUCUUUGCUUUGAUUGAACUGGGUCAAAGUAGACCUCCUGGGAUGGACCAAAGGGAGUAUGUUCGCCACCUGCUAUUCACCUGAAUGGCCACAGCAGGUGAUGGAGGAGGCGUUCGUUGCUGGGAUCGCUGGUGAUUGUAGCUGCUGAGCAGAGAUUCUGGAAAGCACUCCAUUUCUGAGCCUCUAGCAUGGCGGGCCUAAAGAGGCGGGCAAGCCAGGUGUGGCCCGAAGAGCGCGUUGAGCAGGAACAUGGGCUCUACAGCCUCCACCGCAUGUUUGACAUCGUGGGCACCCACCUGACACACAGAGAUGUUCGAGUGCUUUCCUUCCUUUUUGUUGAUGUUAUUGAUGACCAUGAACGAGGACUUAUCCGAAAUGGACGUGACUUCUUGUUGGCACUGGAGCGCCAGGGCCGCUGUGAUGAGAGUAACUUUCGCCAGGUGCUGCAGCUGCUGCGUAUCAUCACUCGCCAUGACUUGCUGCCCUAUGUUACUCUCAAGAAGAGACGGGCUGUGUGCCCUGAUCUUGUAGACAAGUAUCUGGAGGAAACAUCAAUUCGCUAUGUGACCCCCAGAGCCCUCAGCGAUCCAGAACCGAGGCCUCCCCAGCCCUCUAAAACAGUGCCUCCCCACUAUCCUGUGGUGUGCUGCCCCACUUCGGGUUCUCAAAUGUGUAGUAAGCGGCCAGCCCGAGGGAGAACCACACUUGGGAGUCAGAGAAAACGCCGGAAGUCAGUGACUCCAGACCCGAAGGAAAAGCAGACAUGUGACAUCAGGCUGCGAGUUCGGGCGGAAUACUGCCAGCACGAGACUGCUCUGCAAGGCAAUGUCUUCUCUAAUAAGCAGGACCCACUUGAGCGCCAGUUUGAGCGCUUUAACCAGGCCAACACUAUCCUCAAGUCCCGGGACCUGGGCUCCAUCAUCUGUGACAUCAAGUUCUCUGAGCUCACCUACCUCGACGCAUUCUGGCGAGACUACAUUAAUGGCUCAUUAUUAGAGGCACUGAAAGGCGUUUUCAUCACAGACUCUCUCAAGCAAGCUGUGGGCCAUGAAGCCAUCAAGCUGCUGGUGAACGUGGAUGAGGAGGACUAUGAGCUGGGCCGACAGAAACUCCUGAGGAACUUGAUGCUGCAAGCAUUACCCUGACCUUUCCCCGCCUCACCUUUCUGGGGACUGUUUGCUCCGUCACCUCUGGAGCCGACAUACUGUUCUGGGGUUUGUUCUCUACCCUUUCCAACCAAUCACACCGCCUUUUUUUUUUUUUUUUUUUUUUUUUUAAAGGAAAAGACAAAGGAAGGUGGAAGUGGUGUCCCUGCCCUCCCUGCACCCAUGUGCCUGGGCUUCCCCGUUUCCUGUUGCCACUUACCCUAAUGUGUGUCUACAGCCACCUUACCACUGAGCCGUAAGACAAGUGAAUAGGGACAGAGUCUUUGGAACAUAGCCUUUGUAAGGGAUUGAACACUGCUUUCAGGUGCAUUGAAGGGUAAUCAAUACUUAUGGCUUUAUGAGGGCUCAUAAAUUUUGUCUGAAAAACCAAAGGGCUGUGAGUAAAGGAGCUAUGUGGAAGGUGGGACUCUGAAGUGUAUUUUGGAAAUUAAUUACCACCUUCUUCCAAAUUAUAGAAUUUUUUAAAAACAAA